AUGGCUACGCCGUCAACUGGUUUCUCCUUUGAUUCCGAUCGCAUCACAUUCUCCGAUCACCACCAACCGGAAUUCAUGGACUUCACCGGCCACAACUCCUCCGGUUCACCUUCAUCUACCACCAUCCAUUUUCCUCUCAAUUGCACCUACCAUCAACCGGGCAAGUCUGAUGAUAAACGGAUUAACGAAGUGGACUUUUUCACUGAAAACACACACAAUCUGUCAAAGUCGAUCGGAUCAUCUGUCAGUUGUGUUCAGUACCAGGAGUCUACUGAACCUACUAUGGAUUUGGAUUUUCAUAUCAAUACUGGUUUGCAUCUUGUUACCGGAUAUACAGACAGUGAUCAGUCUGUAAUCGAUGAUGGCGUCUCUCCAAAUUCUGGUGAUAAACGAACUAAACAUGAGUUAGCUACUGUUCAAGCUGAAUUGGAGAGGAUGAACGAUGAAAAUCAACGGUUGAGAGAGGCUUUGAAUCAAGUAAUGGUCAAUUGCAACACACUCGAGAUGCAUCUCGCAACGAUGAUACAACAAAAUCAAGGAGAUGAAAAAGGAGGAUCUACAGUUCCAAAGCGGUCUAUGGAUCUAGCUUUAGCAGCUCCGAGAAUGGCGGAAGCCGAUGAGAAUUCAGAGUCGUCGUCAGCUGAAAGGCGCCGUGAUGAACAUUCACGAUCUCCGAUCAAUAACAACGGCGUUAUUAAUGGAGAAGUAAGCCCCAAACAAGGCUCUCACGUUCUUCAGAGAUUGAAUUCGUUGAAUGAUAAUAAUCGGAACACCGGAAACGUUGAUAAAUCUAACGAAGGAACGAUUCAGAAAGCUAGGGUUUCUGUUCGAGUUCGAUCAGAAGCUUCCGUGAUCACAGAUGGAUGUCAAUGGAGGAAAUACGGCCAAAAAAUAGCGAAAGGAAAUCCAUGUCCACGGGCAUAUUACCGGUGCACCAUGUCCGUCGGUUGCCCCGUCCGGAAACAAGUGCAAAGAUGUGCAGAAGAUCAAACAAUCCUGAUCACCACAUACGAAGGAAAUCACAACCACCCUCUGCCGCACACCGCCAUCGCCAUGGCCUCCACCACCUCUUCCGCCGCAAAGAUGCUACUCUCCGGCUCCAUGCCGAGCUCCGACGGCCUCAUGAAUUCAAAUUUUUUAGGUAGAAAUCUCCACAAUUACUCUUCUAGCAUGGCCACCAUUUCAGCAUCCUCCCCGUUUCCGACCGUCACACUAGACCUCACUCAAACUCCAAACCUUCUACAGUUCCAUCGGACCACCGGCCAGUUUCCGGUACCCUUCUCCAUCCCCAACCAACUUCCCCAAAUUUUCGGGCAGUCAUUAUACAACCAUUCCAAAUUCUCAGGGCUUCAAAUGUCUCAUAACAUGGAAACCGCCGGGCGGCUGCCACCGGCCGCCUUGGCUGACACCGUUACCGCCCUGACCGCGGAUCCAAAUUUUCCGGCGGCCGUAGCAGCAGCGAUAUCGUCAAUUAUUGGCAGCGGUUCUCAUGGUAAGGAUAAAAGUGGAAAUGUGAAUGGCACCAACAUCAACCAGAAUGGGCAUGGCAACAAUAAAGUCAGCAAUUCAGGUUUUGGAGGAAAUCAGUAA